UCUCUCUCUAUCUCUCAUAUUUUCUCCUUAUUUUAUAACACGUUAUCAGCACCAUUGCUCUAGAUUGAUUUCAAUAUCAAUUGAAGCAUCUCAAACAACAAUCAAAGUAACUACCAACAUACUCUCAAAUUUUUCCCCAAUACUGCUACCUCUUGAUUUCACGAACACCAACCAAAAAAGUAAUUUCCCAAACCCCUCUGUCGAAACCACCGUUGCUCUGCCGAUACCACCGAUUCUUGUUCGUUGGGCUUGUUUGUACUCGUUCUUGCACUCUAAUUUUAAGUGAAUCAUGUCAAAUCUUGCAAAACUCGAAUUUGUUGCUCUUGAUAUUACUGCAAACAAUUAUCUGUCUUGGGUGUUAGAUGCUGAAAUACACUUAGAUGCAAAGGGACUUGGUGAUACUAUUAAAGAAAACAAUACUGCAACAAGCCAAGAUAAGGCUAAAGCUAUGAUAUUCCUUCGCCAUCACCUUCAUGAAGGCCUUAAGACUGAGUACUUGACUGUUAAAGACCCACAAGUCCUUUGGAGUAAUCUAAAGGAAAGGUAUGACCACCAGAAAACUGUGAUAUUACCAAAGGCUCGUUAUGACUGGUUACAUUUAACAUUAUAAGACUUUAAGUCUGUGAGUGAAUACAACUCAGCCAUGUUUAGAAUUACAUCACAAUUGAAAUUAUGUGGAGAGAAAAUCACGGAUGCAGAAAUGUUAGAAAAAACAUAUUCUACUUUUCAUGCAAACAAUGUUGUCCUGCAGACACAAUACCGUGAAAAGGGUUUUACAAAAUAUUCUGAUUUGAUAUCUUGUCUCCUUGUGCCUGAGCAAAAUAAUGAAUUAUUAAUGAAAAAUCAUGAAUCACGCCCAACUGGCUCUACUCCAUUCCCUGAAGCGAAUGCGACAUCCCAUAGUGGGAAAGGGCAAAAGGCUAGAGAUCACGCCAGCAGUCGUGGUCGAGGCCGUGGUCGAGGUCGUGGUCGCGGCCGCGGACGUGGACAUGAUCGUGGUCGAGGUGGUCAUUUUAAGAACUCAUACUCUCACCAGAAGUGGGACAAUAAAAAUGGAAAUAAGAAUGAGAAGGAUAAAUAUGAAAAUAUAUGCUACCGUUGUGGAGGAAAAGACCAUUGGUCUCGUGUGUGUCGUACACCAAAACAUCUAGUAGACCUUUAUCAACAAUCAAUCAAACAGAAAGGAAAGAAAGUGGAAACAAAUUUGGUGUACGAGGAUGGCGAAGGUGAUUUUGAUUACGGUGAUACAACUCACCUGGAAGCGGCUGAUUUCUUUCCUAAUCCUGAAGAAAAUAAUUGAAUAAAUUAUGUCCCAUUGGCGAAUAAACUCUGUUAAUUAGCUUGCAUUUAUUAUAGAAUUUUAUCGUAGUACUAUGACUAUAUGCUUUAUGGAACAUUUGUUUUCGGACAAUUUUAUGUUUUUGGACAUUUUAUG